AUGGUGGCUCCUCCAAACCCCUUAAACAUCAUCACUGCCCUGACUAGUGCUUUUAAAAGCCAAAAUGGCAAGGCAGCAUCGAGCAUGUGCAUAGCCCAGCUCCUCAAGCAGAACAUGGGCCAGCUUGGCAAGCUCAUGCAGCAGGGCAAGCUUACUGCCAUACAGAUCCAGCAGAGGCCUAAGAACCGGACCGAACCAGACUUUGGCAGCACUAUGAAAGAUUAUGCUGAAAAACACAAGUUUACAACCAGUGCUGCUUUGGGAAGCAGAGCUGGCACUUCAACCACAAAUGGCACUGGGGCCACUGCAACAACUGCUACUGCUUUUAAAAAUGGGUCACCGGCACCUCCUCUUACAUCUAUGCCUGGUGACAGGUAUCCUAUCAGCCAAACUCUCAACACCACCAAUCUGGGGCCAGUUCAGUGGGCAGCUGCACAGCAAGGAAGACCAACACUUACAGGUGGAAUGACUAGUGGCAGAGUGUCUGGUGAGUCAUUUGCCGGGAAAGUAGUGGUCCUGUUUGACUUAGAGGAUAAUCAACCACAGAGAAAGAAUACCCCAGGAGAUCAGAGCAUGAGAUAUUGUCAACUAGCAAAGCAUUGCAGCAAUGACACGCUUAAAGUCAAAGACCUCUCUUCAAGUUCUUCUUCCUUAUUCUUGUACCCAUUGCUCUGUCUCUUAGAACACAACCACAAUAUUUCCUUAUCUCAGGCUGCUGUAACACCUUCUGGGGCUACAGCAGCAGGAAAGAAAAAGACCCAGGGUACAUCCAUGACUUUAUGCAGUCACCACUUGGCGCAGGUGCAACAAGCAAAGAGGGAGAGCAAACUUGCAUCAUGGUAG